CUUAAGUCAUAAGUACAGAACUUUGAAGGAUCUUUGGUUUAGGAGGGAGGAAUGGUGCUUUUCUACGCCAGCCUUCGUUGGGUGUGGACAUCUCUCUCUCGUCUCAGUGACAAAUUUCCACUGUUCUCUCUGGGAUGCUUGUCCUCAUCUACUUUGCCCGCCGGGCACUCUACAGGAGGGGCACCUGUACAUCGGCUUGCAGUAGUCAGCUCCAUUUGUUCCGCUCUGCGACAAAUUCUUUAACGGUCUUUGGUGGGAAGCCGGUUACUGAACUCUGCUGGGGCUUGGCAAGGGCGUCCACCAGAUCUAAUUGGAAACUUCAAGUUUCUAUCUCUAUUUACAAAGUAACUUUUGUUCCUUUUCUCUCAUCGUCCAGCCUUGGGCAGUUUUUCCUCGUACCAUCGAGAAACCGGGCUGGAUACGGUGUAUGGUGUCAGUGGCACUGAUAAACCCAACAAAGACAGCAAGAAAGAAUGGAUGGCACUAUUUGUUGAUUACUUUAUAUCCGUCUUAGUAGGGUGGUGAAGGAAGAGUUUACCUCCAGGUAAACUCCAGAUAUUGAAUCUGUGGUUAUAUAUCAGACAUGAUGAUGAGGCAGUCACCUUGUUUUGUGAAUGACAGUGAAAUAAAGGAACAUGAAAUAAAUGGUAUGAACCAUUGCAAAAAGAUGACUGAUAAACCUGUUGCCACAAAGACUGUAAAAUGUAUAAAACCACAUCAAGUGGAUAGUUACAAGAAAGAUGAAGUAGACAGCCUAGAAAGUGGUCAAAAUGAACCAUGUAAUAGAGCAUGCAGUGAUAAUAAAGGUAGUCUCACUCUACAUGUGUGCACAUAUGAAGAUUGUGAUAAGGUUUUUAGUAGACCCAGUCGUCUUACUCAGCACUUAAGAACACACACUGGUGAGAGGCCAUAUGUGUGCCCCUCUGCUGGGUGCUCUCGAUCAUACACUCGACAACAACAUCUCAAGAGGCACAUAGAAACUGGACACCAGGACAAGUCUGAAGAAAAGUUAAAGAUUGAGGAAUACCCGGAUGAGGAAGAGAUCCAUGAGAAUAUUGCUCUUCAGGUUUCAUCUGAGUGGACCGUAGAUGACAUUGAAAAUGAUCCUUUGCCGGAUAUGAACUGA